AUGAAAGUCUUCGUCACUGGUGCAACGGGCUACAUCGGCCUUCCCGUGGUUCGGCAAUUACUUGAGCAUGGCCACGAGGUCCUUGGCCUGGCCAGAAGUGAUAAGAGCGCAGAAUUGCUCGAGUCAAUUGGCGCUCAGGCACAUCGCGGUACCCUAGACGACUAUGAAUCUCUUGCCCAGGCAGCAGCAGCCUCCGAUGGCGUUAUACAUCUCGGCUUCAAGCAUGAACAGAUAGCCGAUAAGCCCAAGGAGGGAGUAGACUACAAUAGUCUUUGUGCGGAUGAUCGUGCUGCUGUGACAGCUAUGUUAAUGGCAAUGGAAGGAACCAACAAGCCCUUUGUAUUUACCUCCGGCACACUCAUGAUGGCGCGCGGCAAGCUGGCUCUUGAAGAAGACGGACCUGACAUGGAGCACCCAGUGAGUCGCAUUCGUGGUGCAAAUGAAGCCGUCGUUCUGGGAUUUGCGAAGAAAGGAGUACGCGCUAUGGUGAUGCGGGUGCCUCCUUUUAAUCAUGCAAAGGGAGAUAAAUACUCUAUUGGUAUGCUAGCUGCUAAAGCGAAGCAAUUUGGUGUCUCGGCAUAUGUGAACGAUGGAGAAAAUAGGUGGCCAGCGGUUCACCUGCUUGAUGAAGCUGUCUUGUUUCGGCUGGCAUUGGAAAAAGGCGUAGCCGGAUCAGUCUACCACGCCACUGCGGAGGAGGGAAUUCGUUUGAGAGAUGUUGCAGCCGCGCUGGCCAAGUCGCUGCAAAUUCCUCUUAUCAGCAAGCAGUUGGACGAAGCUCAAAAGUACUUCGGAUUUAUGGCGUUUGCGCUUCAUGAGGACAAUCCGACCUCAAGUGAAAGAACGAGCGCCGAACUUGGGUGGACCCCAACGCACCCAACGCUCUUGGAGGACAUCGAGGCUGGAUCAUUUAAGGAUUAA